AAGAAAGAGUAGAAUUUUUGGAAACACCUGUCAAGACAAAUAAAAGUCAAAUUGAAAAAUAAUACUAAAGUCAGACUUGUAAGAGUCGUAUAUUUCGUAUCCGUACUGAAGAAUUCUUUAUCAAAACAAGUGACCACCAUCUUAAAGGUCUGCCCUCUUGCUGCUACUUCAUACUGAAAUGUGUGACCAGUCUUUGACCUGGAUGAAUAAUACUAGUACACUGUAAAUUGGAGAUGGCCAGUAAUGGGCCAGAAUCCACAGCUGGUCCAUCAGUUGUUAUGAUUGAUAACGCACAAUCUGGUGAUUUGGGAGCAACUGGUGCUCACUCCUUCACUAUCCACAGUUCUACAUCCAAGAUGGAUGAAUUUGUCUGUGAUACUUCCAGUUAUCAAACAAAAGAUUCCCUGGAAAAAGCCAAACACUCUAGUCCAGUCCCUAAGCCAUUCCUGGAACUAGCGCACUCCAAGGACAUCAAAGAUCCUUCGGCCCUAUAUGGCAGCUGUGGUUUGUACAACCUUGGCAACACGUGCUUCAUGAAUGCGGGACUCCAGUGUGUCAUGGCGAGCUCCCCCCUCGUCAAGUUCUUCCUGGAGGAGUUCACUCUGGACACGAGCGUCAAGGACACACUGAUGGGCCGCUUCUACAUGCUGCUGUGUAAAGUGUGGUGCGGACAAUACACCGUCAUCUAUCCUAACCGCUUCAAGGACACGCUCGGAUUGUAUCAUUCCCAGUUUCAAGACUACCGACAGCAUGACUGUCAGGAAUUUCUAGCUCUUUUGUUGGACACUCUUCACGAGCAGCUGAGCAUGACGGGCUCCAAUCUGCGGUGUUUACCGUCCAACAAUACCCCAGCCAGUGGAGCUGGAUCCUGCACCGCCCUUAACCCUGUGAUCAACUCACUCAACAACAUGGACACCUCACCACCGAAAAUCUCACUCGAAUCGAGUGUCAACAGCCAAUCGCCUUCUGACAAUUCAAAACUUAGCCAAUCAGCUCUUAUUUGUCCUGUCAAUUCAAAAACAUACCAAUCAGCUCUUACUUCUUCUGCCAAUUCAAAAUUCAGCCAAUCGGAUGUUAGUUCUGUACCCACCGAUCAGUUGGAAAACAAUUCCAUUCCACAAGUGCAGGAUAAUAAAUUAUUAGAAACUAACAAUACCGUGCCUUGUGGUCAGUCGGAAAAUAAUGUCAUUCUACAAGGACAGGAUAAAAUAAUUUUAAAUGGUAAAGGUAGUGAUCCUCAGUUAAGUUCCAGUGGUGAAAGUUCCUUAACAGAUGGUAUUUUAAGUUUAACAGAACACCCUAAUACUCCACCAGAAGAGAUAGCAUCUGGUGUAUUAUCUGAUGCCGAACAUGCACUGAAUUUAAAAAGGCUGAAGCUACAAGCUGAAAAUAGUGCUUGUGUAUCAUCGUCACCAUCAUCAACAUCAUCUUGUGACAGCAUGAUGCAGCAUGACACUGUCAUUAAACCUGUUGAACAAAGUAACAAUAUACGACUGCCAACUGCAACUUCUGCCUCUUCUCCAUUACAAACUGACUUAGGUGGUAAAAAUGUGAUAUAUUCCUCACCCGAUUCCAAGAGUGGUAACCUACAGCUCAACAACAGUAUACGAGUGUCGAAGCUGCCUCCCGAUUUGCUCGAUUUCUACUGCAAGGAAAGUAAAACGCUCAACACAAACGUACUGAUAAACGAAUACUCGGAAGAAUUUGUUUCAACCGAUUCGGAGAAAUUUGCCAAACAGGACAAUCGAUUUCAUAUGCAGUCGGAAGAAAACAGUAUCCUCCAAGAAGCAGUUGGAAUGAUAGACGAGGACAAAAAUGAUAAGGAUCCAUCAGGAAGUAGUUUUGGUAUCAAGGAUGUAAAUCUACAUGCCAAUAAGAAAAAAUCGAGGCUUAUUUCUAAAUCGUGUACCAACGUCUUGAAGAUGGAUUACACCACAGGAGAAUACGGGAUGAACAAUUUCAAAAGGAUCAAGAUGGAAUCAACUGAUUCUGUUGAAAAAUGUGACAUGGAGCAGGAAUUGUCGAAAGAUGACACAGAGGAGAAAAACAUCCAGAUACAAGCUCUGUCGAAGUUCAACACCUGUCGCAAUAUUAGCGACGAAGCGUCGGACAAUGAAUCAUGUGACAGUAUGGAAGUAGAAGGAGACGGUUUUGUCGCCGAUCUCGACAGUUCGGAAGAUGAAGAGACCAUCACUUCCAUUAACAGUAUUCCGACCGGCGCACUGGCCUCGGCCCCAAAACAUCAGGUGUGCAGUCAGCACGACAUCGACGCAGCAGACAAAGCCUGGGAGGAUUACAUCGCCGACAACAACAGCAUUGUGGUUCAGUCCUUUCAGGGGCAGUUUAAAAGCACUGUUGUUUGUUUUGGUUGCCACCACAUGUCUGUGAUGUACGAGCCAUUUAUGUAUCUUUCUUUGCCAAUUCCACGAGCUAUGGAACGCCAAAUAUGUGUUAUCUUCGUGCCAAGUAAUCUCCCUCCUGUGCGCUACCUCCUGAACAUGAACAAACACGACAACAUCGAGAAGCUCAAGAAGGAACUGUUAACUGUGAUAAGCAGACACGACUGUGAUAUUAUCCUGGCCGAAGUGCUAGAGUCGCACAUCUCCAGGAUACUGGAUGAUAAUAUAUUACUGCGAUAUGUCAAUGAUUCUUCACGGAAGAUUUACGCAUUUGAGAUUAUCUCCCCUGCUCCUGAUGACCACAGCAACCACGGCCACCCCGUUGAGACGUCAUCCUCGUCUCAAGUGGACAUCUCAACAGAUCAAGAGACGUCUACCGACACUGGUGCUACCACGGAAACCGACAUUUUCUCGCAUAUCGGCACCUUCAGCGUCUCUGAAACCACUUCUCACGCUCUGUUCACCGACAGUAAACCGGAUGACUCGGACAUAUUGGUUGAAAUGCAGGAACCGGAUGUUCCCCCUGCCACGACGGACGCUCCUCCGGUUGUUCCGUCGAUGUCUUCCAUUGAUUUAGCUGAGUCGUGGUUAGGUCUGUCGGAGGGCACAGACACGUCAACCCAGUCGAAGUAUGAACACGAGGAUUUGGCGGGGACUGGAAUGUGGGAGUGGUCAUGUGUUGGACUCGAAGCCGAGCCGCAGUGGGACCAGGCGGAUGCCACGAAAAAAGAAGAAUCCCCACCACCAGGUGUUGCUAGUGGUGGUACGCCUGCGGCGAUCGUCGACCAGUGGCGGUCGUGUGCUAUAUGUCUGGAAGAGUUGUCAGACAGUGAUCUCCUGGUGCACAGCUGCAGUGGGACAUUUUGUCAGAGCUGUCUCGAGAUGUCCAUGAAACACAGCAGCAACACUACAUAUUGUUGUCCUAUUUGCCUUUCUCCAGCCUCCGUGGUUGAUGACUUUUUACCUCUUGCCAACUCGGGGAACCACAAAGCCAAACAGCGAGUGAUUGCCAUACCAGUUGCCUUCCGACAUGAAACAUCGGACAAGAAGUUACACUUGUUUGGUCAUCCGAACAUCCUGUAUGUGGCUAAUCACAUGACUGGAAGACAGGUGUAUGAGAAAGUUGACGCACUCUUGCCGUAUCCUGUUGUCUACACAAUAGUCUUGACCGAUGGGCAGGGUCUUCAUUGCUCCCGGUGUAUAUAUACAGCUCACUGCAGCGGCUGUGCCUUGGACCGAGAAGGGGAGGUAACUCUGCAGCCCAGCGACCAUCUAACGGUGCAAGUCCAGAACAUCCUUGAUGAUCAGAUUGAAGAUGUUGAGAGAAUUCACGAAGAUGAAUCGAUGGAGAAUUUAAGACAGAACGAACAAAUAACAAUAUACGACUGUUUUCGGGCUUUCACACAAAGUGAAGUUCUUGAUGAACACAACCCGUGGUACUGUCCGCAGUGUAAGCAGAAUCAGUGUGCCAAGAAGACGAUGACCGUGUGGCGCUAUCCAGACUGGCUUAUUGUGCACCUCAAAAGAUUUGUCUUUCAUGAGUUUUCCAGUCUGAAGAUUGACGACCGAGUGAUCUACCCGCACAAGAAUCUAGAUCUCAGAGAUUUCAUCUCAGGACCAGCAACUAAAGAUUUGACCUAUGACCUCUACAGCAUUGUCUGUCAUUUUGGAGGUGCUCACUCCGGCCACUACUCAUCCUACUCACGACAUCCACUGACGUCCGAAUGGUUUUACUACAAUGACGACACUAUCACUCAACAAACACCAAGGGAAGACGAUUUCAGUAGUGCAUAUGUUCUCUUCUACGAGAGACAAGGCACCCAUUCUGAGGUGCAGCCGUCCAUGUGUCUUCCAAAGAUGGUGCUUGAAGAGGAAUCUGUUGACCCCACGUAUGGACCACAGCCUUCAGAAGCCCCUUUUUAUGGACCACAGCCUUCUGAAGGUGUUGUUUACGGACUACAGCCUUCUGAAGGUGUUGUUUACGGACCACAGACCUUUGAUGCGGCAUCCUGCAGACCUCAGCCGUUUGGGCCACAACCUUCAGGUCACCGGUGCUCCGAUGAGGGAGGAUUUAAAACAGAAUCGAAGACCGAGAGUUCCUUUGACUUCUAUUCUUGAGCUUCAGAACACUGAAAUGUGUCGGUGUUAUUGUAACAUAGUCUGAAUCAGGAGUCGAAAUUCACAUGCUUACUACUGUAUUUGUCCUCUACCCCCUCCUGCCGCUCGUACAAUACAAUUAGAUGUGUUGGCACUAAUUAUUGUGUUUUCUUUAAUCCUUUACUCAACACUAAUAAGUUAGCAGAAAUGUUUAUAUGGAAGGGGUUAAGAGAUGGGUUUGUUCACACUUCCACCUAUCCUCUACUCUCCCCCCCCCCCCCUCCCAUUUCAUUACCACCCAUAAAAUGUAAUUAGGUAAAGGGCACAUGUGCAAUUGCCUUUAAAAUAUGGAAAUUUUAUUUUGUAUUUAUAUCCUCCAUAACAAGUAUGAUUAAAUAAUGCAUGUGUAAUAUGUACAUAUGUCUUUAAUAAUUUAUUUGGUGUUGAGCAUGUUGGAAUUCUGGAUUUAUUUGCCUAUUUUCUUGUGUAAAACAUUGAGUAUUGUUAUUAAGUGCAGCAAUUUGAUAGUACAGAUCUACAAGGCCCGAACUUAAGAAUCUUUUCAAUUUUGAAAUGUUAUGCCAUAGGCAAUUUUGAGCCUGUGUAUGGCAAUGUUAAACCAGUAACUGUGGCAGCAAAUAUAUUCUUGACAUGUGCUAACCUGAACAAUCGUUCUUGACAUGUGCUAACCUUAACGAUCAGUCUUAACAUGUGCUAACCUGUACGACCGUUCUCGACAUUCUUGACAUGUGCUAACCUGAAUGAUCGUUCUUGACAUGUGCUAACCUGUACGAUCGUUCUCGACAUUCUUGACAUGUGCUAACCUGUACGAUCGUUCUCGACAUUCUUGACAUGUGGUAACCUGAACGAUCGUUCUCGACAUUCUUGACAUGUGGUAACCUGAACGAUCGUUCUCGACAUUCUUGACAUGUGCUAACCUGAACGUUCGUUCUUAACUUAUUUUGACACCUAGGAAUAGUAAUAUUUUCCUCUCUUUUUUAUGGAUUACAGGAUAAAGAUAACCAGUUAAUAAUGUAGGAAAUCAGUUUUUGUCCCAUUUAGAACAAAUAGGGAAUUCUGUUUGGUAAGCCUCACGAAAUUCCACAUUGUCAGCACAACAUGAUAAAGUCUGUAUCCUACACCAUUAACUAGUCAUUCUAUAUUUAAUAAAAUAAUUGUCUAGAAGCAAUUUUUAUGACUUAUUGUGAUAUGUAAUGAUAUGCAGGGUGAAUUACAUGUAUAUGUACGAGUAUUACGAAUGAAUUUGAGUUGAGAUUUUAUGUUUGUAUUUACUGGCAUUAAAGGCACAGUCACACUAGUUUACUUACAAAAUAAAAUGGCUGAACAAAAUAUUGCUUGAAAAUAAAUAUACUGAACCACAAAAUAAACUUCAGUUUUCUAUAAUUUAUUUUAAAAUAUUUGUUUUGAAUCCCAUUUGUUGUGUCUGUCAACAUCAUUAAUGGCUAGUGAAUAUUCUAGGCCCAUUUUGCGGUCUUAUUUAAUAUUAUCAUUGGGGGGGGGGGGGGGGGGGGGGGGGGGGUAAAAAAAUAUAUAUAGUACACAUACAUAGAAACCCCUUUAAACCAGACACCUAUUGGCAUGAAGUAACAAGUCAAAUUUUAAGGGGUAUGUGGUUUUGAGAGAAUUUCGCUUUAUAGCCGGUCCAGUUUUGAAGAGUUCCACUGUGUACAUGUAUCUAUUAAAAUAUUUACAUUUUUGAUGUUCAGUGUACAUGAAAUUUUCCACUAAAAGUAUUUUAUCUCACUGGCUAACAGUUGUCAUACUCCAUUUGUUAUCAAUGAUUUUUUGACAGCCAUAAAUAACAAUAACUUUAUUUGUAUCUAGUGUUGGCUGUUUAAAAUUAUUUGAAAAAUACAAUGUAGUUUAUAGCAUUAACUGUUAGCUGAAGACCAGUGUAUAUUUUAAGUCACAUAAUCUGUGUAAAUUUGCCUUCAGUAAGUCAACUAGUGUGACCUGCCUUUAAGAUAUAUUAUUUUUUGUUUUAGUCUUUUGGGGCAGAAUAGAACUUAAUGGGUAGAGUGCUCACCUGAAUGGCUUGGGUCAAAGGAUUGAAGCCCCUCGCUGGACCCACACUCUUGAUUGAUUGUUUGUUCCAACCAGUGCCCCAUAUCUGGUAUAUCAAAGGCUGUGGCAUGUGCUGUCCUGUCUGUGGGAAAGUGCAUAUAAAAGAACCCAUGCUGCUAAUGGCAAAAUGUGGACUGUUUCUCUGAAG